GAGUGAGAUGGUGAAUAUAGGGUGAGUAGUAUUGGGAUGUCGCCAUUGGCUUUGCGUCUCUCUUUCUGAAAGGAUGUUUCCUCGGCCGUCUUGCGUUUUCCAUAGCACCGGCUAUGGCGUGGACGGCAUCCUCCGAAGCCGGAGGCACUUCGGUAAGGCAGCGCGGCGGGCGGCGCAGGGCGGCAACACUGAUCCGGCGGCCAGGGCCCGAGAAGAAUUGGCUCACUUUGGCGAGACGAUCAAAUUCGGACGUCCGGAGAGCAACGUCGACAACCGGGCGCAUGCAUCGUCGGUCCCAGUAGCGCUAAAGCCACCGAAAUUCGUUGUUGAUGAUGAUCCCUUCGGGGGUCCCGCGGAUUCUGGCGGCAAGAGGAAGAAAAAGGAGAAGAAGUUCAGUGCCGAGAUAAAUCCAUUCGGCGGUCCCGUGGGUCAAUCUGUCAAGAUCGGUAAAAAGGAAAAGAAGAAAAAGCACAAGAACCAGGACGUGGCCAAGAUGAGCAAGAAGGAGAAGAAGGCAAUGGUAAAUCCCCAAUUUAUGGCGAAACAAGAGUUCGAGCAGUUUGGUGGGAGUGUGGACUUUCGACAGCCGGGAAAAAACAACGAUCAUGGGAGCACUGGGAUUCAGGCAUCAGUUGAAGUUGCGCAGAUGCCGGAUCGCGCCAACGGGACAGCAGUGCCCGCACCUGCUGGACCUACGCAGGAUGUGAUUGCGCAGGAUGUGUCUAACCUGAGCAAUAACAUGGAGACGUUGUGUCGCAGGCUCAAAAACCUGCAAAAAAAUACCCAGAAACUAGCAGCUAUUGCAGCCAAUCGUGCCGAAUUCGUGGAACGUCUGCACACUUUGUCGACAUGCUGCAUGGAAAGCGCCGGUCUGAUAGAGAAGCUGGACGAGCCGCCGAAGGUAUCCCGCUCCGAACCAGAGAUGGAGGCGACUGCCCAGGUGAAAGAAAGCACCUCUUUUCAGGGAGAUGUAAAGACGGAGGCGGUUUCAAGAAGCAGCUCGAUAGCUGGCGCUGCUCCCCUCAGUGUCAUCGAUACGGGGAAAAGUGCACUCGAGCUCACCGGGCAGCGAGUCGAAGUAGAUUCUGCGCCUAGGGAGACGAAACCUGUGGUAGAGCAAGUAAUCGAAGUCCACCGUGUCGACGAGAGUAUGGUAGUCGGACAACUAGGUAGGAUCGAAGGUGAAAGUAGUACAGAGACUGCGGCACGAAGGACGCGUCGAGACUUACCUCUUUUUUCGAGGCGCUUCCCAAUUCUUACUGAGUUGGAGAUGGCCUGUCGUGAUCCAGCAAGCACCGUAGCGAACUUUUGUGGGCCAUCGUCGGUUUCAUUUUCGGGCACGCGCGGUCGCCAAGCUUUGCGAGCAGUCUCAGCAACGCAGUCUGUGAGUCUCGAGAGACGGUUGACAAAGCGAUGGCCAGCGUCCAAAAUCGCGCAAUUCAUGGCGCGAUUCGAUGUUUCGCCCACAGCUGCGACGGUCCUUGAGGACGUUUUGCGGACAAAGGUAGCAGCGGAAAGCGACAACGUGAGGAACGGAGUGCGAAUUUUGACGGUGCUAUCCCACGG